CAAGUAACUUAACCCAAACAAAUAUUCCGCUCUCAGCCCAUUCAUCUUCUCUCUCAUAUUAUCUCCUCCAACAAAAGCUUGGCUCUCCAUCCCACUGCUCCGGUAAACUCCAUCUCCGACCAACCACUGCUCUCAUUCCGGCUAUGCAGUCAUCUCCAGCGAACCAUAGGAAAAACAUUAUUCUCUAUCAAUCACAAAUCUAAUUCCAUAGCGUCCCCCACCGCCACCCCACACCCCUCCAUGCCACCCUCAAAAUAACAAUCAAAUUAAACAAAACAAGAAAAACAUCAAAAGCCGAUUGAUAUUAUGUUAGGGUGUGAUUGCACUGCUUUUGAUGUUUGAUUCCUUUUGAGUAUUUUUCGCAAAUUAUUUGGAGAUCGGAAAAAAAAGAAGAAUGGAAUACUAUUAGGUGGCAGCAGAGGUGUGUAGAGAAGGCGGGAUCAGAGAAUGGAGAGCUCCGGGGAAUUGGUGCCUUUUCCGUUGUUGAUGACUUGCAAUUACCGGGCAUGUACCAUCCCUUACAGGUUCCUUUCCGACAAUCCCACUAAGCCAACGCCCACUGAGCUUUCCUGGAUCAACGUCUUCAUGAAUUCCAUCCCUUCUUUUAGGAAGAGGGCCGAGAGCGAUGACACUGUUCCAGAUGCUCUUUCUCGAGCCGAAAAGUUUGCUCACAGGUACACUGAAAUACUCGAGGAUUUGAAAAAAGAUCCUAAAAGUCACGGAGGGCCGCCUGAUGGCAUUCUUCUUUGUCGCCUAAGGGAGCAAGUGCUUAGGGAAUUGGGAUUCAGAGAUAUAUUUAAAAAGGUUAAGGAUGAAGAAAAUGCAAAGACUAUAUCCUUAUUUGAGGAUGUAGUACAUUUAAAUGAUGCUAUUGAGGAUAAAGCUAAGCGUAUGGAGAACUUGGUCAAAGGGAUUUUUGCAGGAAACCUUUUUGAUCUUGGCUCGGCACAGCUUGCGGAGCUGUUUUCAAGGGAUGGUAUUUCUUUUUUAGCUAGUUGCCAAAACCUAGUCCCUCGACCUUGGGUUAUUGAUGACUUGGAUACUUUCAUAACAAAAUGGAGCAGAAAAUCAUGGAAAAAGGCUGUAAUCUUUGUGGAUAAUUCUGGUGCAGAUAUUAUUCUUGGCAUUCUGCCAUUUACGAGAGAAUUACUUCGUCAUGGGACACAGGUUACUUUGGCAGCUAAUGACUUACCUUCUAUUAACGAUGUUACUUACCCUGAGUUGGUUGAGAUAAUAUCUAAGUUGAAAGAUGAGCACGGGAAGCUUGUAGGUGUGGACACAUCCAACCUUUUAGUUGCAAAUUCUGGAAAUGAUUUGCCGGUUAUUGAUCUUACGGGAAUAUCACAAGAGCUUGCCUACUUGGCGAGCGAUGCUGACCUUAUCAUUCUGGAAGGCAUGGGCCGUAGUAUAGAGACAAACCUUUAUGCUCAAUUCAGAUGUGAUUCCCUGAAGAUUGGAAUGGUGAAGCACCCAGAGGUUGUUGAGUUUCUUGGAGGAAGGCUUUAUGAUUGCGUGUUCAAAUACAACAAAAUCUUGGAAUAGAUGUAGUUAUUGACUACUUAUACCCUUCAAUUAGGGACACUCUAACAUAAAAAAUAUCUUGUAAAACUAUUUGGUAGAUAUCACUUGCAAGAUCAAGGCAACAAACUAAAAUUAUUGAAGAAAUUUAGUGGACAUCACUAGUAAGAUUGUUAAUUUCCUAUGAA